AUGGCACAGUCACUUGGGAAGACAGUUUGGUGCUUUCUUACAGAACUAAACUUAUUCUUACCCUAUGAUCCAGAAAUCACACUUCUUGGUAUUUACUCAAAGAAGCUGAACAUUUAUGUCCACACAAAAACCCUCACACAGAUAUUUGUAGCAGCUUUCCUCAUAACUGCCAAAGCUUGGAAGCAACCAGGUGCUGCCAUUUUGGUGGCCACACUUGUGAAAACCACCAGUUUAUACUAUCACAUUUAUUUUGUCAUUUGGAAAAAUAAAAGUGGCAGCUCCCAUCGUGCUGACCACCUGGACCUGGAGCUGGGCAAGGCUGUGACCAAGAAAUUCAGCAAACAUGGGACCUGCAUGGAAAUCAGCAAGAGUAUGCAAGAAGAAGAUGUCUAUAUUGUGCAGAAUGGUUGUGGAGAGAUCAAUGAAAAUCCAGUGGAGCUUUUGAUCAUGAUUAAUGCCUGCAAGAUGGCCUCAGCCAGCCUGGUUACUGCAGUCAUCCCAUGCUUCCCUUAAGCCUGGCAGGAUAAGAAGGGCAAGAGGUGGGCCCCAAUGUCCACCAAGCUUGCUGCAAAUACGCUGUCUAUAGCAGGUGCAGACCAUAUCAUCACCAUGGAACCACAUGCUUCUAAAAUGCAGGGCUUUUUUGAUAUCCCAGUAGAUAAUUUGUAUGCAGAGCCAGCUGUCUUGAAGUGGAUAAGAGAGAAUGUUGAGUGGAGGAACUGUACCAUUGUCUCAUCAGAUACUGGUGGAGCUAAGAGAGUGACUUCCAUUGCAGACAGUUUGAAUGUGGACUUUGCCUUGAUUCAUAAGAAACAGAAGAAGGCCAGUGAAGUCAAACCCAUGGUGAUAGUAGGAGAUGUGAAGGAUCAUGUGGCUAUUCUUGUGGAUGACAUGGCUGACAUUUGUGGUAUGACCUGCCAUGCAACUGACAAACUUCUCUCCGGAGCCACCAGAGUUUAUGUGGCCUUGACUCACUAUAUCUUUUCUGGCCCAGCCAUUAACUGCAUCAGCAAGGCAUCCUUUGAAGCAGUAGUCAUCAUCAACACCAUACCUCAGGGUAAGAUGAAGCACUGCCCCAAAAUACAGGCAAUUGACAUCUCUAUGAGCCUUGCAGAAGCCAUUAGGAGAACUCACAAUGCAGAAUCUGUUUCCUACCUAUUCACCCAUGUCUCUUUAUAUUAA